GCCCAAAGGGACGGAUGCUGGAUACGACGGCGCACAUGCUCCUGCUGCUGCAGCAGGCCAAGAUCAAGAACGAACAUCCCAGAGACUUGUCGUUCUUACCGCUAUCGUUGUCAAUGUCGUGUAUACUGCGGCAGCCGCCCGCAGAUCUGGUGCCCCCUGGGCUGUCGCUCCACCAAUUAGAUCGCCUGCCACAAGCGAUUUUGGAGCGUAAACUUGCGGCGAUGUUGCUGGACGACCCACUGCGUGCCUUCACCUUCGUGUGUGCGCUAGUUAAGUACACUAAAGUGACACGAGAGUUGCUGAGCACCUGCCACGACCACAUGAGCAACCGAGUGUCGACGGUGGAGGCCACGCAGAACGUCGUCCAAGCUGUCAUUGAAGCUCUUCCCUCGUUGGAUGCAGACGUUGAAGAAGACGAGGAGAAGGACGAGAAGCAAGACAGGAAGAUACCGGAGAAAUCGGUACAAGACGAGACGAAGACGGCUGGAUACUCGCAUUUUACUGAAAAGAUAAAACCCAACGCGGUGGCUACAGACCCAGCAGGCAUCAUGCGACGAGCAAUAGGUCGGGAUGUGGGCGAUGGCAGUGCCGUACUGGAGACCAUGACGAAGUUCCCAACAGACGCUCGGAUCCAGUCGCAUGGUGUUCGAGCUUUGAAAGGAUUGAUAAGGAGCGUUGGGGAUCCGGAGGAGAACAAGGUAUCGGCCGAGUCCAAUCCGACAUCGAUUUCUACCUUUGACGCCGAUGUAGAUGACCACCUGGGAGAUCGGCAUGUCGAGGAUCAGAAGACGACUGAGAAGAGCUCGCGACUCAUGGUGCAAAUGGUGAUUGACAAGAUGAAGCAGUUCCCCAACUCGUUAGCUCUGCAGAGGGACGGUCUUCUGGGCUUAGCAGAGUACGCUAAUCAAGCUGACGACCACAUCGCUUUCAUCGCUUCUAGUGGCGGCAUUAUUUCGCUCAUUGGCGCUUUGGUCGCACUUCCUGACGACGUUUCUGCCAACAUGGCCGGUCUUUCUGUACUCGCCCACCCGAAGAUUGCAGAUGAAUCUGUGGUGCGAGUUAGCCCGGAGAGUCGACGCCUCGUGCUCUCAGCAAUGGAGCGAUUCCCUUUGAGCGAGCAAGUGCAAGGCCUGAGCUGUCUCGCGCUAGCAAACCUGAGCUUGCGCCAAGACGCUAGUAUGGUGGAGAUCGUCUCGAAAGGUGGACUUGAAACUGUGGUCGAAAGCAUGAAGCGCUUCAGCUCAACCGCUUUGGUCCAAGCGGCCGGCUCUUGGUUCAUUGCGAUCAUCAGCGGAAAAAAUGGUAACCAAUACACUAACUCUGGUACUUCAAUGUGGCUUGUCCUCUAUUAA